CCAGUAAACCAGGCCAAAGAGAAGAAAUGGGGAGUCGAAAUAUGGUCUUGGCCUAAAGGAAUGGCUAAAACCUUUAAAAGCUUUCCUUAUGUAUCUUUGAAAGUCCAUUAUUUGUCUUUCGUAUAUAUCGCCAGAAAACGUCCCCCGAAGGAUAAGUUUGUUCUUAAAAUUAGUGGUAAUAUAAUUAAAAGUUGGGAAUGGAAGGACGGACCGAUAAUGGAAUAUUAUUGUACUCGUAAAUUGUUGUGUCAGUUUUACUGGAUAAAUGACACAACCGCUCAUUUGUAUUUUAAAAGAGAAGAUCAGUUGCAAGAUGCAAGUAAUUGGUGGAAAUCGAAGGAUUAUCCGGAUAUGUUGGUAGAAAAGCUAGGAAAAGAUAUCAAGAAUGAUAAGAUGCUACAUGAAGGAAACCAUACCAACAUUCAAAACAACAUUGUUGGUUCUACUCCACAAGCGGCUUCAACACCACCUAAAGAAGAGUUGUCGCGGGAACGGAUAGAAGACCUUGGACUCGAUGUUAAAACUUUUUCACGAAAAGCUUUAAACAAAGAGAAGGGAGCUGAUGUACAUCUUGCUUGCAGUAUAAUGGAUGUCACUUAUUUCGAGAAUCCAGGUACAUUAAUACUAAUUACUGACGGUUCGAAUUUUUCUACCGCAAUAAAAAAGGCCAAAGAGAAGAAAUGGAAGGUCGAAAAAUGUUCCUGGCCUAAAGGAAUGGCGAGAGACCAUUAUAGGUCUUUCGCAUAUGUUACCGGAACAUAUCCCCUGAAGAGUAAAUAUGUUCUUAAAAUUAGUGUUGAUAUAAUUAAGGAUCGGAGACUGAGGAACGAGCCGAUAAUGGAAUAUUAUUUUACUCAUAAUUUGUUAUGUCAGUUUUACUGGAUAGAUGACACAAUCGCUCAUUUGUAUUUUAGUAGCGAAAAUCAGUUGCAACAUGCAAGUAAUUGGUGGAAAUCGAAGGAUAUGUUGAUAGAAAAGCUAGGAAAAGAUAUCAAGAAUGAUAAGCUGCCGCAUGAAGGAAACCAUACCAGCAUUCAAAACAAAACGGGCCAUAGUAUCCCUAGUACCUCUAAAAAAAGAAGACAGAUUCAUCGUUGAUCUUAUUAUCAACAAAUAUUUUUAGGUGUGACAUGUAACAAUACCCUAAUUAUUUUAUAAGUUUUAAACACUCUUUAUUAAUAGUAAAAAUUCGCGUAAUAGGGAUACAGGGCCAAACCCCGAAAUUUGCAAAAUACCGGGUACUGUGCGUAAUAUUAGUUAUAGAAAUGGUGUAAUCUAGUAUAAAUACACAAUUCCACUUUGUAAAACAAUUAUAAACAGUUAACUCUCCCCUUGGGAUCAUAAUGAAAAUUUGAAAAACCGUGCAUUUAGAGAGAAAAGAUAUAUAAUACGUGCAUAGAUAGAGAGGGUUGACUGUUUAUCUAUGUAUUACAGCCAAAUCAUAUAACUAUUUAGUAUUCGGAUAAUAAAAAAAUGUUUAUAUGUUGAUUUUUU